AUGAGUACAGAUUUUGACAGAAUAUACUUUAACCAAUCGAAGCUUAGUGGACGUUUCCGUUUGGCUGAAGGUGGUUUAGGUUGGAAGGCUUCUGCCAGCGGAGGUUCUGCAUCUGCUCAGGCUAAUGAACCUUUGUUAUUGGCUGCUGAUGAAGUGACCUCUAUUCAGUGGAGUAGGGGCUGUAGAGGGUACGAAUUGAAGAUUAGCACCAAGAAUAAGGGUUUGAUUCAAAUGGAUGGCUUUCAACAAGAGGACUUUGGUCUUUUGAAAAACGACUUCCAACGUAGAUUUAACAUGCAGUUGGAACAUAAGGAACACUCGCUCCGUGGUUGGAACUGGGGUACUUUGGACUUGGCUAGAAAUGAGAUGGUCUUCUCUUUGAAUGGUAAGCCAACUUUCGAAAUUCCAUACAAGCACAUUAACAACACUAACUUGACUGCCAAAAACGAGAUUGCGCUUGAAUUUGAUACUCAAAACGAGAAUUAUAACCCAGCUGGUGAUGAACUAGUUGAAAUGAGACUAUACGUCCCAGGGACAGUUGAAGAAGAGGAUGAAGAUCAAGACCAAAACAUGGUCAAAGAAGAGGGUGCGGAAGAAGAAACAAAGGUUAAGUCUGAAGUUAAGUCUGAAGAAGGAAGCGAGGAACCAGAAGUACAAGAGGAGAAGACAUUGGCCGAAUAUUUCUACGAAGAGUUGAGAGCUAAGGCUGAUAUUGGUGAUAUCUCCGGUGAUGCUAUAAUUUCGUUCCAAGACUUGUUCUUCACAACUCCAAGAGGUCGUUAUGACAUUGAUAUAUACAAAAACUCGAUAAGAUUGAGAGGUAAGACAUAUGAGUACAAAUUGCAACAUCGUCAAAUAAAUAAGAUUUUCUCGUUGCCUAAGGCGGAUGAUAUCCACCAUCUAAUGGUUCUAUCAAUUGAUCCACCAAUUCGUCAAGGUCAAACAUCUUAUCCAUUCCUAGUGUUGCAAUUCCAAAAGGAUGAGGAAACGGAGGUUCAACUUAACGUUGAGGACGAUGAAUUCGAAAAGCUUUACAAGGACAAACUUAAAAAGCAGUACGAUGCAAAGACCCAUAUAGUUUUGAGCCAUGUAUUGAAAGGUUUGACUGGAAGGAGAGUUAUUGUUCCUGGAGAAUACAAGUCCAAAUAUGAACAAUGCGCAGUAUCUUGUUCAUACAAAGUCAAUGAAGGUCAUUUAUAUCCAUUAGACAAUGCGUUCUUGUUCUUAACAAAACCAACGUUGUACAUUCCUUUCCAAGAUGUGGCAGCAGCCAAUAUCUCGAGAGCCGGACAAACCUCCACUUCAGCAAGAACGUUUGAUUUAGAAGUUGUCAUGCGUGCUAAUAGAGGUACUAUAACAUUCGCCAAUAUUUCAAAGGAAGAACAACAGCUACUCGAAAAUUACUUAAAAUCGAAGAACUUGAGAGUGAAAAAUGAAGACAAGGAAGCAGAGCAACGACUACAAACAGCAUUUGGUUCCGAUAGUGACGAUGAUGACGUUGACAUCAACAUGGGAUCUGCAGGUGAAGAUGAGGAAUCUGUGGAUGAAGAUUUCCAUGCAUCAGAUGAAGAUGAUGAUGUAGCAGAAGAAUACGAUUCCGAUGCUUCUGUUUCCGAUUCUGGCGACGAUGAGGAUACUUCUAGUAGACCUCCUAAAAAGGCAAAAUUAGAGUAA